UCCGAGUUUCACAUAAACAAAAUUCAAUCGUUUAUUGUUUCCAAUUAGAAGGAGAUGUCGUUAAACAAGCUAAAAAAUGUUUCAUGAAAAUAUGACCGUAUACCCGAUUUCGCCCAAUGCCAACCUCUUAUGGGGCUAAAAACAGCCCUCCAAAAAAAAAAAAAAAGAAAAAAAAAAACAAAUUAAAGAGAAGAACACUUAAAUUGGGCCACCGCCUACAAAUCAGUAUUUUAAUUAAUUGGAUUUAGACAUCAAAUCACACGACGCAUUAAAUUGAGGAUGAUUGUGAUUUUUCUUAGCAAUGAAGGAGAGAACCCCAGAAUCAAAUACCAAGAAAUAACCAAGAAAAACAGAAAAUUUUCCAUUUUAAAGAGAAAAAAUUGAUUGACAAGAGAAAAAAAAGAAAAGAAAAGAAAAAAUGGAGGGAGAUGGUCCACCUGUGAACGAUUGCUGUACGAUUUGCCAUGACAACUUCAACAUUCCUUGCCAGGCUAAUUGCUCUCACUGGUUUUGCGGGGGUUGUAUUUUACGAGUUUGGGAUCAUGCAUCAGCAUUGCGACCAUGCUUAUGUCCUUUGUGUCGCCGUCCCAUUAGUUUGUUAAUACCUACUGAAUCUUCCCGGGAACAACGGGCUAAUCCAGAAGUUGCAAAUAUUAUAGGGAGGAUUGAAUUAUAUAACCGUCAAUAUGGUGAACGCUCCAGUGAUUUCAUGCAGAGAUUGCGAGACCUUCCCUUUCUUCUUCGAAGGUUAUUGCGUGAUUUGAUGGAUCCUCAAAGAUCUCUGCCAUUUAUAAUCAGAGCUCGAAUUUAUUUGGCAGUGUUUUGCAGUGCCAUAUAUGUAUUGAGUCCAGUGGACAUUAUUCCCGAAGGAGUACUUGGAAUCAUUGGCCUUGUGGAUGAUCUGAUCCUGGUACUUACUUGCUUCUUGCAUGUAGCUGCCCUAUAUCGAUCUGUUCUUGUUUUUCGUCAUGGUACUCAUGGAGGUUAAAGAGGUUUUCCAUCAACUUUGAAUGCUCAAGCCACAAAAAUACAGUUGACGCCAUGAUUUGUAGCUUAGGGCUUUUACUAUUUUUUGUCUGUGUAGUUUGUUAGAUUUUUACUGUGGUUUUGAAAUUGUAUCAGCAUCAGCUUUGCCCCUAAACGUUCAUAUAACAAGUUCCGAUUAAUCUCAUAGUUUCAGUUUUCAUUUUUCAAUUUAUCAA